UCUUUUGUAACGUUGACGUUCGAGGCUCACAAUGAAGUUUCAGAGCUUCUGCCUUGUUCUUCUCGUAUAUGAAUUUGACGUGCAAGCCUUUCUGUCAAAAAAGAAAGAACCAGGAGCAUGUCUCAAGAAGCCAGAUCCUGGGCCGUGUAAAGCUUCCAAACCAAGUUGGUAUUUUGAAGAAGCGAUUACAGGUUGCAAAUAUUUUAUUUACGGUGGCUGCAAUGGAAACAGCAAUCGGUUCGCAUCUGAGGAAAAGUGCGUAGACUAUUGCUUGCCCAAGUCGAGGCACAAACCAGUGUGUAGCAGGAAACCAAAGCCAAUAAAAUGUAAGUCUAUGCUGAAAUAUUGGUACUUUAAUGCUACUGAAAACACCUGCCACCGACUUGAAGCUGGUCUGUGCCCAACGACUGGCAAUAUGUUUACAUCCUGCGACAAGUGCAUGAAGAGAUGCAGUGCGACGAACCCACUGUUGCCGUGCAGUCUGGAAUACAAAAAACUGCACAAUACGGUAACUUCCAGCAUGCCAACGCCCACACGCGGGCGUCCAGGUUUUAAACCACUGGUACCGAGAGAGAACCUUGGACAAGCUGUACCAAGACCCGAGAUUGGAAGACCAACAAAUGGGGCAGAAUGGGAGUCAACCAGAUUAUGAAGAGCGACAGCGAAACUGCCGACGUGGUCGGCUGAAAUAUCAUCAUACAAAUCCAGGCCCUCCAACGUGACCCCCCCAAACACAGGUAGCCUAAAAUUCGUGUCGGCCUGAAUGACGUCUUGCCAACUCGGCCAAAACAGCCAUUUAUUUCCUGAUACCGUAGAAGAGCAAUAGUGCUUAUUCCCACACCAGAACCGCUGUCCUCUUUCUAAUAAAAGCACUUGCAAGGUGAAUAAAGCUGGCAAAUUUGGGCACUUCAA